AUGUCCAAUUCAGAACUGCAGACCGAUCCUCGCAAGUUGGAAGCUGGUGAUACAAGUUCCAGCACUUCAAAUAACGCGUCAAAGAAUCAUUCAUACCUCGAGUAUGGUCCCCUCGCCCAUGUGAACACAGCAGAAACUCGUCUCUCACCAUUUGGUGGUGAGUUCCAACCUGGCCUGUAUCGCCCAGUUGCCGAACGGAAGUUUGCCAAUCCUGCCCCAUUGGGUCUUUGUGGUUUUGCACUCACCACGUUCGUUCUGGGGUGCAUCAAUAUGCAGACUCGAGGAAUUACUGAGCCGAAUAUGGUUGUUGGGCCGGCAUUUGCGUAUGGUGGUUUGAUUCAGCUCCUUUCGGGGAUGUGGGAAAUGGCGGUCGGAAACACGUUUGGAGCAACUGCGUUGUCAUCGUAUGGUGGGUUCUGGAUCUCACUGGGAAUUACUUUCACUCCUGGUGGAUUCAAUAUUCAGAAAUCCCUGAUUGAGGCUGAUCCGGAUGGGGGUUUGGGAAUGUUCUAUGACUCUCUUGGGCUGUUUCUAAUGGGCUGGUUUAUUUUCACAUUCCUCAUGCUUCUAUGCACCGUAAAAUCAACCGUGGUUUUCUUCUCCCUUUUCCUCUCCGUCGAUAUCGCUUUCCUCCUUCUUGGAGUCGGAUACCUACAACGCAAUGCGCAGCAAGAGCCCAACGAAAAGGUUCUAAAGGCUGGGGGUCUUUUCGCACUUCUAGCGGCAUUUUUGGCAUGGUAUGUAGCGUUUGCUGGAGUUGCGGAUGACAGCAACAGCUUUUUUAUACCUCCAGUUUGGCAUUUUCCAUGGUCACCGAAAGGAAAGGAAUCUCGAAAGCAGCAAUGA